AUGAAGUGCAGAUAUGAGCGCCAGCCUACGUGCAAAGCUCGCAAGUGGCUCGAAGUAUUUUCGGGCAAAGUCGUCUAUUAUGGAACUGUAAUGGAUGUCCUUGUGCAGCAAUAUCCGCAGUAUGUAUCCCUUGCAUGGGGUGCAAUGAAGUUCCUUUUCAUGUCGGUUAUCAAUCAUGACGAAAUGACAAAGGAGAUAGCGAAAGCAUACUCGAUGAUAGCAGAUCUUCUUCCCCGAACAGACUUUACCCUAAUUCAUUACCCAACAACGGCAAUGAAAGAAGCUAUCGCACAGCUUUAUGCUCAUAUUAUUUUGUUCACUUCUCGUGCCAUACGAUGGUACAAGAAAGGAAAGAUCUCUCAUGCUGUCGGCGCAGUUGCUCGUCCUUGGGCCUUGAAUUGGAAGGAUAGUGUUGAUGCCAUCACAGAGCAUUCUCGCCGUGUCGAGAGUCUAGCAAAAGUAGCUGCACAGGCAGAACUUAGAGAUACGCGCUUGGAAGUGAAAGUCCUCCGCUCUGAAGUACAAUCAUUGUCGGCUGCAUCUACAACGGCACACGCUAGUAUGAUGCGCCUCCUUGAAGACCUGUCUUUAAAUGGUAAGCAGGUUUAUGAGCUGACAUACAAAACGGAAGGACUUGUUCAAGAGAUAAAGCCAAUACUUCAAACGCAAAAGAAAGAAAUUACGAACAUCUGUCUCUCAACCUUAGCAGCUCUUCCCUGGGCAGAAGAUAUACCCUCUCCGAAAUUGACGCUUGCAUUUUGUUCGUCGAUGAGACGCCGUCGAAGAGCCCCCGCACUCAAGCUGCCAGAACUUGCGACCCUAAACAGUUGGGCCAUAUCUAAGCAGUCGACACUCCUAUUUGUAACCAGU